GGCAUUGGAUGAUAAAUGCUUCGUAAAGCCCAUCAAGCCGUUUUACCACGAGUUCAUCAGACCAGUGGCCAUCGCAUCUUCCCGAAAUGCCAUGCCACCAUCAUAGCAAUAUACAACACCAUUCCGAGGCUUUACUCGCUUCAUUACCAGGAGGCGGUGAUGAGAAAGUCUCUGUUAAUGCUGCUGGUCUAAACCGGGAGGAGCUUCGUCAAGAAGCUACCCGGAAAAGCAUCAGUGAACUGCGUUCGGUCCCCAGCAGCAGAGUCUGGAUUACCACCAACAGAUACUGCACCAUCGGAAAUAGCAUGGACAGGCUGGAAAGAUACUUGCACAACAUUUGGCAUUUAUAUUACCAGGCAGGUAGGUAUCUGUCACAUGAGAGUCCUGAGCAUGAUGCUAUUGUCCUAGAUAUCCCCCGCAUUCAGGGCAAAGGCCUACUAUCUAGGCUAGUAAAAGGGGUACCUGGUGUUGAUUUGGCAAGGAACUGA